UAGGACAGUCACAGCGCUUAAUCUACCACGAUAUGCGUCGAAAGAUAUGGUAAUCUCGGGAUUCAAAAUACCAAAAGACACUCACAUUAUGGCCAACUUCUGGGCCAUUGAUAACGACCCAAACCUAUGGGAAAAUCCAUCGCAAUUCAGGCCCGAAAGACAUCUCAGCGAAGAUCUCAAAACAUUCAGAAAACCGGAGCAUUUGAUCCCAUUUUCAUACGGGAAGAGGUCGUGUCCGGGAGAGGGCUUAGCGGUGGUCGAAGUGUUUCUAUAUCUGAGUUCUUUGCUUCAGAAAUACGAUAUCAAAGCCAACCGUAAAACCGAUCGAUCGCUUGAAUACGAGUUUCAGUUCUCAAUCACUCCGAAAGAAAGUCCUAACGUGUCGUUCACUAAACGAGUGCACAAU